UUUUUAGUCUAUUACUGAAUUUCAACCGAAAAUGCAGCUUUUCUUGUGCUUUGCGUUAAUUUCGUUGCCGACUCUCGCAUUAACUCGUGUUUCUAAGGAGUAUAAGGAUCACAUAAUUUUUAGAGUUUUCAGCUCUAAUGGAGUUGAGUUCAACGACACCUUCGAAAACAACCAAACUUUGCUUGAAAAUUGCAAUCCAACGGAAAAUUUCACAAUUAUCGUGCAUGGAUGGACUGAAUCGAUCAACUGUAAUUGGGCGCCUUCAUUAAUUCAGGAGUUUUUGACUGCUAGACGAGGUUGCGUGUUUUUCAUGGAUUAUUUUUACUACAGUAAUCUUCGAUAUUUCACUCUUGUUCGCCAUUUUGAUGGAAUUUACAAAGUUUUACUUCAAAAACUCCUUCAACUCGACGAUCUUGGCUUCGAUUUCACCAAAAGUCAUCUUUUUGGCUUCAGUUAUGGCACGCACGUCGCUUUCGAAGCAGCUUAUCAAUUCAGUCAAAUUUCUCAGAAGAAAGUUCAUCGUUUAGAUGCUUGCGAUCCAGCAGGUCCUUCCUUCACAAAUGUCGAUCCUUCGGUUCAACAUGCCGCGAUGUCAGCAACUCACGUGCAAUGCAUCCACACAAGCGACGAUAAAGGCACAAAAUUAAGAUUUUGUCAAAAAAGCGUAAAUAUGGGGCAGUGUGGAAGGAAUCAAAUUGGAGCAACAGAACGCCCGUUACGAAGUCAUGGAUUGUGUCCCAUUUUCUAUCGAAAUUCGAUUACGAUGGAUUUUCCUUUGGUUUCGAUGAGUACUGUGGAAAAGACUUAUGAUGUGAAAUGCAAGAAUUUAAUGAAAGUACCUGAUAUUGAAACGUAUCCAGCAACUCAAAUGGGUUUUAGGAUGAACAUGACGUUGCCUGAUGGAGAAUAUUACGCUUUAACGGGAAAAUUGCCGCCUUUUAAUACGAUGUGAACAUUUUUUAUAAAAAAAAAUAUAUCGAAAUCUUUAAUUUUUAGAGAACUAAGAUUCUUGAAAAUGCUAAAAAAGAAUUUAGUUUCAAAGAAUU